AUGUGCAAAGAGGCGUGUUGCGUGGUGCAUGGUCUUUGGGGAUUCAUAUAUACGGCAGCGGGAUCCGUACAAUUGGUGGCGGGGAUAUUUUUUUUACUAUCUCUCCCCGUUUUCAAACUGGGAUCAAAUAUAUGGACGGGAGCUUGUAAUGUCCUAAUCGGUGUGGGAACUUUCAUAUUAAGCUGUUUUGGAACUUUAACAGCGGGAAGAAGCGAAAAACUUUUAACGGUAUCCGUAUUAGCCCUCAUUAUAAACACAGUAAAUUUAGUUAUAUUGGAAAUCGGCGAAUGGUAUUUUUUUUACACUGACGAUGUUAAAUCCACAAUAGAAAGAAAAAAUCAACAUGAUCUUGCUUUUUACGCUCAUGUUAGUACAAGUGUAACGACAGUUAUUGUUAUAUUAGUCGCAUUGGUGGAUACGCAAUUAACAUUUUGUUCAGUUCAAUUAUUUAAAAAAGAAAAAAAAAAACAAGAAAAAAACGGUCAAAACAAUAACGAAACCGUAUCAGACAUCGAAUACAUAAUUCCUAGGCAAAAAAAAAAUAGAUCGACAAGCACGAGUAAAAGUCCUACGAUAAAUCAAUAUAAUCAAUCGUGGGUAUUCGAUGCCGAAACGGGUACUUCCGUUAACGACUCACCCUCUAUAAAGGCUCAUUCAGGAGCGACAAUAUUAAGUUCCAGUACGACAACAGUAAAACAAAAUCAAUGUCGCGAUCAAAAACAUUAUUCUUCGACUCCGAUUGUCACAGAUAACGCUGAUGAUGAUGAUGAUGAUGAUGAUGGCGAUGAUGACGUUGUCGUCAGAGUUCAGGUCGGUGAGACUUUGGACUUACAAUCCAGUCGUGAUGGAAACCGUCAAAUAAAUCACAUGAAGAGUUUUUCUAGAACGCCUUCGCCCGCACAUGCCUCGCAGAGUUCGUCUUCCAGUUCGUCUAUUCCUCCUAUUUACGAGUGCCUAGAAAGACUUACUCAACCGACAGUUUAUAGAAAUAGAUUAAGUACAUAUAGAAAUGUUAACAAAAAAAACUCAGAGGUUUCCGGUUCUAAAUUCAGGGUUCAAAGUGACGAUAAGGAACAUUAUGCCACGCUCAUGGUAGAACUCGAAAAUUCAUUCGUGAAUAAAAAAGAUACGAAAACAACAUUGUACACGAUGUCUUCUCCUCCUCCACCACCAUCUUCGACUUCGAAAAGUUCAACUUCGCACACGAGUUUUUACACAAAUGACAGUUUAAUAGAUUCGUCGGACGCGACGAGGCAGCAGCAGCAGCAGCAACAACAACAACAACAACAACAAGCAUCAGCAAGCGACGCGGAAUUUUCAAAAGAAUUAGAAGCCGCACUUAAAUUAAUACAAGAUUUAGAAAGUCCAAACACGAUAGAUACGCCGUCGGAAACGACGUGUAAACACCCUAUCGGAAACGAUACGUUAGAAAAUCCAAGGAGGAAGUCACAAGAUGAUAAAAACGAUAGCGACAGCAGCACGAAAACAAUUAGCGGAAGCAGCAGUCUCGAAGCUCAUGAACCGCAUCCUUAUUCGAGUGUCGAUAAAAUAUCGGACUAUGGAAAAUUCUACGAAAGGGAUUCGUCGAAAAAUUUUAACGAUAAUGAUGAUGAUGAUAAGAGAACGAAAAGCAUGAUGGAAUUAAAAAUGAAAAACGGUUUCGACGGUGAUGAAAAAAGUGCAAAAGCUAAAAUAAGAAGGUGGAAACAUUUUAUUGAAAGAAAAAGGAGGCCUUCUCUCCUACCGGAAGUUGAAAGCGCCAUCGUCAAAUCCGAAUGUUUAGCUUUUUUAACGAAAAGUGAACUUAAGGAUCGUCUUAAUCAAACGAAAACAAUGCACAGGGUUUGUCACGUGUACGAGGUUACGUUCAAAUAUAACGUUCGGGUAUACGAAUCCGUUUAA